AUGUAUUUUCUCAUCCUCUCCCUUAUUCCUUUCCAAUUUUAUUGUCAUUCUAUCAUCACCCCCAGCCUCAAUUGUCGGUGGGACCUAAGGGCAAAAGAGAAAUGCCUUCUCCAGGAUGAUCUCACGCCAACAUUUCCUCCUCCACGUCCUUUUUUCCCUCUUCCUUGCUCUAGCUUUUUUGCCUCCGACCUUUCCUUAUCCUCCAUACCCACUCUCCAAAUUCUUCUUUUCUCUAGCAAGGAAGCUAGAGAACUUUUGACCAUAUCUCUCUCUCUAUCUAUCUAUCUCUCUCUCUCUAUCUCUGUCUGUCUGUUUCUCUCUCUCUCUCUCACUCUCUCUCUCUCUCUCUCUCUCUCUCUCUCUCUCUCUCUGUUCAUUCGAUCACCACUCUUCAAGGCUCCACUCACUCCACUCUUUGGCCUUCCCUCUGAGACGCCAGCUCACUCCUGCAGCUUCCAGCAGUCUCCAGCUCACUCCUACCGCUUCCAGAUCACUCCUGCAGCUUCCAGCAGUCUCCAGCUCACUCCUACCGCUUCCAGAUCACUCCUGCAGCUUCCAGCAGUCUCCAGCUCACUCCUACCGCUUCCAGAUCACUCCUGCAGCUUCCAGAUCACUCCCGCAGCUUCCAGCACUCCUGCAGUUUCCAGCUCACUCCUGCAGCUUCCAGCACUCCUGCAGUUUCCAGCUCACUCCUGCAGCUUCCAGCACUCCUACUGCUUCCAGCUCACUCCUGUAGCUUCCAGCACUCCUGCAGUCUCCAGCUCACCCCAACAGCUUCCAGCGGCCUCCAGCUCACCCCUGCGGCGCUCUACUGACGUCCCGCUACCUAUUCCAGCACCCGCUGACGAUCUAAUCCAGUGCCCACUGACGUCCAGCGCCCGCAUCUUUCUCUCUCUCUCUCUCUCUCUCUCUCUCUAUCUAUCUAUCUAUCUAUCUAUCUAUCUAUCUAUCUAUCUCUCUGUUUUUCUUUUCUCUCUCUCUCUCUCUCUCUCUCUCUCUCUCUCUCUCUUGUCCCUUCUCUUUUUCUCAGUUUCCUAUUGUCUUUACUUGCUUUUUCUCCCAUUUUACUUCCUUAUUCAUAUAUUUUCCUUUUUCUAUUUCCCCUCCUCCUCCUUUCUUAUUACAUUCAUCGUCUUUCUUCUUAUUCUCUUUUUCAUAUUUCCUGAGAGAUCUAUCUAUCGAUCUCUUGUCUCUUUACUUAACAUCAUUCCUUUUUUCUUCCUUCAUUUCGUCCUUCUAUUCUUCAAAUCUCACUCUUUUGGUCUUUUCUUUUUGAUACCCAUUUCUUUCAUUUACUUACAUUAUAUCUUUCAUUUUUUCGUUCACACUCCUUUUUUUUUCUAUUGGUUCCAUAAUCUUUUCUCUUUUCUUUAUUCCCAUUUUCUUCUUUCCUGUUAUUUUUCUUUUUGUUUUGUCCUGCGCCGUUUCUCUUUUUCUCUUCCUUCCUGUUCUUAUCCCGCGUCCAGUGUAUUCAGAGUUUUUUUUUUUUUUUAA